UUAGACAGCGGCUGUACUGGGAGUUGCAUAGACUCAAAAUUUGUCGAAGAACAAGGAUAUGAAAGACAAAGAAUUCCUAGACCAAUUCCAGUCUACAAUGCUGAUGGUACCCUUAAUUGGGAUGGAAGUAUUAAAGAAUUCAUUGGACUAUUAGUGGAGAUAGAUAACCAUGCCAAAAAACUCUAA